GCUAAGACUCGCUCUUUUCAAAGCCUCGCCUCUUCACCACAGAGAAAACUUCGUCUCCUCUCUUUGCUUCGCCGCUCUCAUCUCCGUGAGAAAAAGGCGGAGUUUCUCUCUCUCUUUCCAGAUAUUUUGCUCAUCCAUCGAUUCUCUUUAAGAGUUCAAAAUGGUUGAUCAAGUUCAGCACCCCACUAUUGCGCAGAAAUCUGCUUACCAGAGGCCUUCUAUGUACCAGAGGCAUGCAACCUAUGGAAACUACUCCAACGCUGCAUUCCAGUUUCCUCCCACAUCCAGGAUGUUGGCCACAGCUGCAUCUCCAGUCUUUGUCCAGGCUCCAGGAGAGAAAGGGUUCACUAACUUUGCUCUUGACUUUUUGAUGGGAGGUGUUUCUGCUGCCGUCUCAAAGACUGCUGCUGCUCCCAUUGAGCGUGUUAAGCUUUUGAUCCAGAACCAGGAUGAGAUGAUUAAAGCUGGCAGGCUCUCUGAACCAUACAAGGGUAUUGGUGACUGUUUCGGCAGGACUGUGAAGGAUGAAGGGUUUGGUUCUCUAUGGAGAGGAAACACCGCCAAUGUCAUCCGUUACUUCCCCACCCAGGCCCUGAACUUUGCCUUCAAGGAUUACUUCAAAAGACUUUUCAACUUUAAGAAGGACAGAGAUGGUUACUGGAAGUGGUUUGCCGGUAACUUGGCAUCUGGAGGAGCAGCUGGUGCCUCUUCCCUUCUGUUCGUGUAUUCCCUUGACUACGCCCGUACCCGUCUUGCCAAUGAUGCCAAGGCUGCAAAGAAAGGAGGUGGUGGUAGACAGUUUGAUGGUCUUGUCGAUGUUUACAGGAAGACUCUCAAGUCUGAUGGUAUUGCUGGUCUUUACCGUGGAUUCAACAUCUCUUGUGUUGGUAUCAUUGUCUACCGUGGUCUGUACUUUGGACUUUAUGACUCUGUGAAGCCUGUUCUCCUCACUGGUGACUUGUCGGAUAGUUUCUUUGCUAGUUUCGCUCUUGGAUGGGUCAUCACUNCAUUCAAUUUCGCCGUAACAGUUGUCUUGUUAUCUGUAUUGCCCAUUUCUAUAUGGACUCAACUUUUUGCCUUUGGCCCAUUAGAAAUUGUUUUCUAG